CCGUCAGUUAACGUGAGCAACAGAAACAAGAAUCAUAUCGUGCAGUCAAAAGCGGCGAAUAAAUCGAAGCGAAGAUUUUCCUCUGAGUGUUACCAUUCAGUGUCGUUCUCGUUGAAUUAAAAUCUAGUCUGAGCAUUGAAAAUGUCGUUGAUUCCAUUAUUGUUUGGUCAUGAUCCGUGUGAACUUUAUCGUCCACGCUAUAAUUAUAACUUAUUUGGUGUUACCCCGAGAGAAGUUCGUGAACUGGUAUUGUUCCCGCGUCUCUCGAAUCUAGCCCGGGAGUCUGGUGCUGACUCGUUUCCAGCAACAACAGUCGGGAAGGAUGGUUUCCAAGCGUGCAUUGACGUCCAGCAAUUUAAACCCAACGAGAUCACCGUGAAAACUAUCGAUAAUACUGUAGUAGUUGAAGCAAAUCAUGAGGAGCGUCCAGACGAGCAUGGAUACAUUUCCAGGCACUUUGUGAGGAAGUAUGUGCUCCCACCAGGCUACGAUUCACAACAAGUAACUUCAACACUUUCGUCUGAUGGCGUUUUAACUGUUAAAGCGCCACCACCUAAGAAGGACUCUGCAAGCAAUGAGCGUGUUAUCCAAAUUGAACAGACUGGGCCUGCACAUUUGAAUGUGAAGAAAAAUGAAGCAAUUAAUGGAGAAAAAUAAAUAUCCAACCUGUUCAGAUAGUGUAGAUUUACCAUCCAAUUUCAUAUAUGUGAAUCUCUAUCGAGAUAAAGUCAUCCAUUCCAGUUAGUGAAUAGAAUUUGAGUUUAAGUUAUUUAUUAAUGUUUUCUACGAUUCGUGUCAUAUAAGGAAAUAAAAAUAAAGUAUUGGUCAAGUCGA